UAUAUUACCACAAGUCCACAACACAAGCAAACGCUCAAGCACAGCAAAGCUAGAGAGAUAAAGAGAUCGACAUGAUGUUCCCAUCACCAGGGGGAGCGGCGAUGGCGCUGGCCCACGGCCAAGCAGCCUCCACGGGCGCAACGACGGCCGGCGGCACCGCGACCUCCAUAACCUUCAGCUUCCAGCCCUCCGAUCCUCCUCUGAACGGCGGCCUCUCCCACCACCAUGGCCUCCUAGGUUACAGCCCCCUCGUACUAGACCACCCAACCACCACCACUUCCUCCUCCACCACCAUCCCCGCCGCUCCCACACUUCACCACAUCCAUGGUCAUGCCGGAGCCAUCCAUCCUCCAAGGUCAUCCCCUCCACAUCCAUGGUCUUGCGAGGAAAGUGAUCGAGAAAGGCAGAGGGGGAAGGGCGCGGUGGCAGGCAUGGGGAUUAACAGCGCGGCGGCCGGCGGAAGUGGAGGUGGUGAACGGUCACAUGGGUCGUCGUCAGCGGCUGCGGGGAUGGGGGUCGGCGCGGUGAGGAUGAAGAAGGCGGCGGGGGGAGGAGGGGCGAAGGCGCGGCGGAAGGUGCGGGAGCCGAGGUUCUGCUUCAAGACCAUGAGCGACGUCGACGUGCUUGACGACGGCUACAAGUGGCGCAAGUACGGCCAGAAGGUCGUCAAGAACACGCAGCACCCACGGAGCUACUACCGGUGCACGCAGGACAAGUGCCGGGUGAAGAAGCGGGUGGAGCGGCUGGCGGAGGACCCGCGCAUGGUGAUCACCACCUACGAGGGGCGGCACGUCCACUCCCCCUCCCGCGACGACGACGACGCCGCGCGCGCCAGCGCCGAGAUGAGCUUCAUCUGGUAGCAGCACGCGCUGCACUGCCCAGCCGCGUGCAGCCGGCUAGGGCCAGGCCACCCACCCACGAACGAACGCUCCAUGCAUGUGUGCUUUUACUGUACUGUAGUGCUGUUGUUGUUGUAUAGUCAGGCUGGUCUGGUGAGUACGUACGUACGUACAGUGAUUGUUGGUACCUACGUACAGUGAUUAAGCUGUAGCUAGCGGGAAUAAAGACGUACGUUAUGCCCGA